CCCCGAGCCAGCACCCUGCUGCGUGCCCCACGGUCAUGCUGCUGCUCCUGCACCUGCUGCCUGCCAUGCUGCCCACCGCCGCCCUGGCCAGCUGCACCGGGGCCGGUGCCGACCGGCAGCUCAUCCUGGCCAAGGUGCGGGCUCGGGUGCUGGAACAUCUGAGUCCCCCCCUUCUCCAGGAGGAGCCGCAGAUGGAAGCAAGGAGGGUACACCGGAGAGACGUCCUUGAAAAUGCCGAUGUGGAGCCAGAGGAGCUGGAGGACACCUCCCAGGUGAUCUUAUUCCCUGCCACAGAUGUGCCCUGCGAGCCCACGCAGCCAGACAAGCUGCUGGAGGAAGAAGGGAUUUUCACCUACCUCUUCCAGCCCUCAGCACACACCCUGAGCCGUGUGGUGACUUCUGCUCAGCUCUGGUUUUACACUGGCCCCUCGGCCGCCCCCAACCACUCAACACCUGACGUGCUGGCCCUGUCGCCUCAGGGGCGGGUGCCAGUGACAGCCAUGGUGGAGCGGACACCCGAGCACUGGACAGUGUUUCACUUGGCCCCACAGCUGCUGCCCCAGCUCUCGCAGCCGCUCUUUGUGCUCCUGGUGCGCUGCCCUGGCUGCCCCUGCCUGCCCGAGGGGGACAAGAUGCCCUUCCUGGUGGCCACCACCCGGGCCAAGGGCAGCGAGAGGGCUCGUCGCUCUGCCAUGCCCUGGUCCCCAGCCGCCCUGAGCCUGCUGCAGCGUCCAUCUGAGGAGCUGGCUGCCCACACCAACUGCCGCCGGGCUUCCCUCAACAUCUCCUUCGAGGAGCUGGGCUGGGACAAGUGGAUCGUGCAUCCCAGCAGCUUCGUUUUCCACUACUGCCACGGGAGUUGCGCCGCAGGCCACGGGCUGAGCCACCGGCUGGGUGUGCAGCUCUGCUGCGCUGCCCUGCCCGGCACCAUGCGCUCCCUGCGCGUCCGCACCACCUCCGAUGGCGGGUACUCCUUCAAGUACGAGACGGUGCCCAACAUUCUGGCCCAGGACUGCACCUGCGUCUAGGGCAUCCUGCAGCCCGGCCCCGGACCGUGAUCCCACCCAGGAGGAGUUGCUUUCCCAGUGGAACCCUGGCCACUGGGAUGGGGCAGUUUGGCUGUACCACCCUUCCCUGCACAAGCCAGAUUUUUGGGCUGGCCCAGUACCAUCGCACUGCCAGACUUGCCCUAGGGCCAGUCCCAGCUCAGAGCAAAUCAGGGCAUGGCGGGGCAGGCAUAGGCACAGCCUACGGCAAAGGCAUCACUGCCCUGCCAAAGCCAGGCUGCUGUCUGCAACCAGACUAGCCCUCAUCUCUCCCCACCUGAUUCCCUCCUGCAAUUCUGUGCCCCUACAAAGAUUGGUGUCUUGCUCCUGCUGUAGAGUUCAACAGCUUGCCCCGUGGUCCAGGCAGGGCCAGGCUGUGGCAACAGAAUCAGGAUGUGCCUGGGUGAGCCCACACCAGGUGGCAGGGCUGGCAAUGCACUGUUGGCAGGGCUGGCAGCAAACAUGGCACCACAAGUGAGCCCUCUCCCAGCAGCACAGCUUGUUGGAAAGUUUAAUGGGAUGAGUGAAAUAAACCUGUUCCCUUUACUAAA